GGUCAAUAACACCUCCACGCACCUUUAACCAUGCCAGUCCUUGAGGUUACCCAGCUGCGUUUGAAAGGGGUGUCUGCCAUGGACCCAGCUUUGCUCAAGACCCUAUCAUCUGCCCGAGAGGCACUCAAGACCAACUCCCAAUUCUACCACUGCAUCGAGAAUCCUUCUUUAAUCUAUAUUUUGGGCCUCUGGCCAAGUCUCAAUGCACACACGGAGUUCCUGGCAUCUCCCAGAAAAGAAGAGAUUCUUGGUCCCCAAGAAGACCAACUUGAGUUUCAAUGGGCCGUCCAUAUGGAACUGGACGCGAUGUCCUCGCUGCCACUAGAUGCACCAGUUAUGGCCAUAACGAGGCUCCUCAUUAAAGAAAACGGUGUUGACGCGUUAAGCCAGGAGGUCCAUGCAAACCACCGGAAGGCCAUCAUCGAGGGCACUCGACCGUACAAAGUUGCUGAUGGUUGGCGCUGCGACCCCGCUCCUGGGAAACAUGAGGCUCUGAUGCUCACUGGAUGGCCAAAUGCUGAAGCGCAUGCGGCAUUCACUGCGAAAGCAAAGGAAGACGCCGAGUAUGCAGGUGUCCGAAAGUAUUACGAGGGCAUGGAAGUCAGUCAUGCCCGGAAUAUGGAAGGAACUGGCCCUUGAAGAAUGGUUCCCAUCUCCUAUCACAUUAGGUUCACGAUUUCCUCGCGAGCUGGACGGUUCCAAGGGAUGCAGUCAAUCCAAGGAAGAUAGGGUAAUGGCAAUCGCCUUGGUGGAUUCACUUCCCUGGCAUUGCAUGCAUGUUCUGGAGAUAUAGUACCUUGCAAGGGCUACCGGUGUGCGGGGACAAGUCAAUUUGCC